GUGAAUAUGCGUUACAGAUCUAGCAAGCUAGCAGGCGGUGUCUUUCUAUACGGAAGAGGAAUCUUGUAUACAUGUAGUUGUUUCCAAAAACCGUAUACAAUUUAUUUGCUUUUUUAGUUAAAAUGUGCAACGGUUGUGUGCAAAAAGAAUACCCUGAUCGAGGGAACACUUGUUUGGAGAAUGGGUCCUAUCUGAUGAACUACCUGGGCUGUGCCAAAUGCCAUCAUAGGGACUUCGUGUUGAUCUGUAAUAAAGCCACGGAGGAUGAUGAUGGAGAGGAGAUAGUCACCUAUGACCAUAUUUGUAAAAACUGUGACCACAUCAUCGCCAGACAUGAAUAUACAUUCUCUGUUGUGGAUGAAUAUCAGGAGUACACAAUGCUUUGCAUGCUGUGUGGCAAAGCAGAGGACUCCAUCAGCGUGUUGCCAGAUGACCCCAGACAGAACGCCCCUCUCUUCUAGACCUGAUAAUACACAAACUAAUGCUGCUGACUGCAAUUUAAAAAAAAAAAUCUGCCAUCCUUAACAUAAUCACUUUUUGAGUAUUUUGAAGUACAGUAUUACUCCUUUUAUAAAAUAAACCAGCUCAGUCCAUACCUGUCAACCCUCCUGCAUUUUGCCAUUCUUUCCCAUCACCCCCCCGUUCAGUUUCCCGUAAAUGUCCCAUGUUUUAAUUUUCAUUCAAAAAAAGGGUUUGGCUAACAGUUGUGACUGUAUCCACACUUGAGCACCAGCAAUCCCUUAUUUUCUAAUACAGUUGUUGACAGGUAUGGCUGAGUCAUGUACGAGUGAUAGAGCUAUAUCAAAAUAUAUCACAUGUACACAUUCAUGUUUUUUAACCAAUAGUAUGUACUAUAAAUAAACUUGACAUUUAGGCCUUCUUGCAUUUACAGGAAAUAAAAAGUUAGUUUAAAAAAUGGUCUUGAUUAAUUAAUACCACCAGUCGUAUUUUAAGUUUGAUUGGCUUGAACUAUGUUAAAUCUUCUGCCUGUUUCCUCCAUUAAAGCACAUUGAAAGUGAUUUUAGUAAAAAAAACAGCAACAAAACCUUUUAAAUAAAAUCAAAAAUAUUUUUGCUUGACAUGUUUUUUCAUGAUCAAAAGCAGCUUGAUAGAAAUAUAUUUUUGCUGGUUGUACAAAUAAACUAGUUCAAAUAAAAUUUUAAUUUUAUAAAAUAUUUAGCAAGUAACUUAACUUCUAAUGGAUUUUAUUUUUUAAAUGCAAUAUGUAAUAUAAAACCUCAAACGCAAUUUACCUGGUGGCUGCUGGAGGCAGAGUCUGGGCUGCACCAAAUAUUCCACAAAAAAAAAAGUAAAACUGAGUCAAUCGUCUCAAUCUUUAUUCACAGUUCAGAACAUGAACUAUUUCUGCCAGAGACCUGGCAGCUCUGGCACUCUGAUGUCAGUUAUCAUUGAGUGUAUUGCAACAGCAUGACAGCAAAUUGCUGAUUGCCUCUCAAGAUUGCUUGUGUGUGGACGUGCUACAGAAAUCUUCAUGAAUACCAGUCAGCCCUGAGUGACCAACUUAUUCAGGCCAAUGACAAUUUACACCACUUUCUCUGCAGUUUAACUCAAAAUUGUGACACAUUUUUUGUUCAAUCUGUUCUCUUAAACCACUAUUUGUAACAUGCUUGCCGUUGGUGAUGCUUAUGUUUGUCAAAAAGUGCAAUUUGGAGACAAGGACAUACAACACUUUUAACAUAGUUGUGUUAUUCCCCAUAGUAGUAGCUGUUCCCCAAUGUGUUUUUACUUACCUGUUACAUGUGCUGUUGUCAUUUUUGUGUUGCACUGAUUGUGGUUAGUGUCAAGCUCUCUGCUAGUUCAGUGUUGCCUGUUGCUUGCCCAAUGAAAGAGCUUCUUCCUUUCAUCAAGCCAAAGUUCCCCAGACCAUCUCUUGAAGGACUCCCACAAUGAGGAGGUAUUUAAUGCUCAAAGCAUGAGGAGAAGUCUCUCACACACAUGGUGUCUGAGGGCGAUGUGUUGUGUUACUGUCAGGAAGACAAGGAAGCAACAUGUCUCUGUGGUCUGAUAGUGUUUUUUUCUUACAUUCUUAUCACACAAGCGUAAAAAGAAGUAAAAAUGCAAUGAUGAUGCUCAUGCAUGUUUACAAUACUGAGCAAUGAGUGCACUUAUCAAUACAUUCCAAUAUACAGCUAGUCAUGGUUACUAUUAAGAAAGCAGUUUUCCUGCUCACCCCUGCUUUUGUUGAUGAAUAUUAGUGAUUUUAUCUUAUGUGUGUCAUUUCCUCAAUAGUAAAUAUGUACAGUUUUUUGGUCUCAUAAUGGGCUGAUAUGGCAUCAAGUAUUUAAAGAUACAUGUGUGGCAUUGAUGACAUGACAACUCAAAAGACACAAAAACAAAUCCCUUUUUUAGGCAACAGCAGCAUUUCAGAGCAGAUUUUUUGCUAUCUUACCUACAAAAUGAAAGACCUUUUUUUUUUUUUUAAGUUGACAGAGGAUUGACGCUCCUUUCUCUUAGUGUUCUUUCAAGUGUCAGAAUGAGUAUGUACUGUAUUUCCAUUCGUUUAGCAUGAUAAUUAUUAGUUCUGGAUGAUCUAUAAACAUAAACUCAUUGUAUGUCGUAUACAAAUACACAAUAAUUUGAUGGCAUUCCCUUAUAUGUACAUGGAUAAAACUCACAAACAUGCUGCUGGCUUUUAAGGCUGCAACCAGUGUGCAAAAAUUACACUCGAAUUUUGCAGCCUGGUUGCAACCAUUUUCAUUCCUGAAGUGUAUCUAUUUAAGGGAUUCUACAAUGUAUGGUU